UUGCAGGUUGAAGAUGGCAGUGAUGCAGAGACCUAUGGAGAGGAGAAUGAUGAACAGGGAAAUUAUUCUAAGAGAAAGAUAGUCUCUAACUGGGAUCGAUAUCAAGAUACUGAAAAAGAAGUCGAUAAUGAAAGUGGAGAAUCGCAGAGGGGGACGGACUUCAGUGUUCUCCUGAGCUCUGCAGGGGACUCCUUCUCACAGUUCCGGUUUGCUGAGGAGAAAGACUGGGAUGGUGAAGCUUCAUGUCCAAAGCAGAAUUCAGCAUUUUAUGUGGACUGUGAGUCAUUGGUUCAAGCCCUUCAAGAACUGCCUCUCUCUCUCCGACUCAAUGUUGCUGCUGAAUUGAUCCAGACUGCCCUUCCUUUAGAGCUUCCUCAGGUGAAACCAAAGAGAAACGAUGAAGGCAAGGGACUAGGCAUGCAGUUAAGAGGGCCCCUGGGGCCUGGAGGAAAGGGGUCCGUGUCUGAGCUGAAAUCAGCACCUGCUGGCUGCCCCGGGUCCCUGGGUAAAGCUAGCCCAAGACCAGGCCCCUCAGAGGGCUCCCAGAAUCCCGCUUCCCCACUGCAGUCAGCAGCGGACCAUCUGGAAGAAGAAUUGGAUCUGCUGCUUAAUUUAGAUGCGCCUGCAAAAGCUGGAGCGAACAUCUUACCAGACCAGAUGCCCCAGGACCUAGAAUCUGAGAAAGAUGGGGCAGUGGAGGCCCAAGAAGAAAAAGUUCCUGCAAAACCAUCCGUGGCGGAAGAAAAGACGGUGGAACCUGAGCAACCAAGCACAUCCAAAAAUGUUACCGAGGAAGAGCUUGAAGACUGGUUGGACAGUAUGAUUUCCUAACAAAAAAAGAGAAAGAAACAGAAAAAGAGAAAGAAAAAAGUGCCCGACACCAGUUUGGGUUGCCCUGUAAGGCCGGGCCCAUGGCUGUCCGUGAGAGCCUGCCCCGCGCCAGUGUGUUCCAUCAGCUCACACAGUGCACACCUACCUCUGUGUCUGACAACAGCCACAAUAAUACAUUUACGAGGCUCGGGGCAUUUUUCUCUGACUUAGUCAUCUCAGACUCAGGAAGGGCGGAGACGUGGCGCUUGUUUCCAGCACAGCAAAGUGCUGCUGCUGAAGAGAGCAAGCAACAGGGUAUGUGUUUGGCCAAAUAAACCAGUGCUGGUCUGUG